CUUGAUCGCCAUUGUUGCCACCACGCAACUCCAUCCUACGCAAGCAGCUCAGAGAAGCACUAUAAACAGUCCAAGCAAGCAACCACUACUCCAGCUCCACACAAGGAGACCGCGGAGAAAUAUCCAGCCCGACCCGACGAGAGCAGUCAUGGCUCGCCGCCUCCGACUCGCCGGUUUCGCCCUCCUCCUCCUCGUCUCCGCCGUCGCACUCUGCUCGGCCGAGUCCGACGCCGCGGAGGACCCGCUCAUCGAGCAGGUGGUCGGCGACGACAACGAGCUGGAGCUGAACGCGGAGGUGCACUUCGCGAGCUUCGUCCGCCGGUUCGGCAAGUCCUACCGCGACGAGGACGAGCGCGCGCACCGGAUGUCCGUGUUCAAGGCCAACCUCCGCCGCGCGCGGCGGCACCAGCGGCUCGACCCCACGGCCUUGCACGGGGUCACCAAGUUCUCCGACCUCACCCCCGCCGAGUUCCGGCGCCAGUUCCUCGGCCUCCGCCGCGGGAGCCCCCUGAAGGGGUCGGCGCACGAGGCUCCUAUCCUCCCCACGGACGGACUCCCCACCGACUUCGAUUGGCGUGACCGCGGCGCCGUCGGCCCUGUCAAGGACCAGGGGUCGUGCGGGUCGUGCUGGUCGUUCAGCACGUCCGGGGCGCUGGAGGGGGCGCACUUCCUCGCCACCGGCAAGCUCGAGGUGCUCAGCGAGCAGCAGAUGGUCGACUGCGACCACGAGUGUGAUCCAUCAGAACCACGCUCAUGCGACGCAGGAUGCAAUGGUGGCUUGAUGACUACAGCUUUCAGUUAUCUCCAGAAAGCUGGUGGCCUAGAGAGUGAGAAGGAUUACCCUUACACCGGGAUGGACAGCACCUGCAAGUUCGACAAGUCGAAAAUCAUUGCUCAAGUCAACAAUUUCAGCGUUGUCUCUGUCGAUGAACAACAGAUUGCUGCUAACUUGGUGAAACAUGGCCCACUCGCAAUUGGUAUCAACGCAGUCUUCAUGCAGACAUACAUUGGCGGUGUCUCAUGCCCAUACAUUUGUGGGAGGCAUCUUGAUCAUGGUGUUCUCCUGGUUGGCUAUGGAUCGUCUGGUUACGCGCCAAUCCGCUUCAAAGAAAAGCCCUACUGGAUCAUAAAGAACUCGUGGGGCGAGAACUGGGGUGAGAACGGGUACUACAAGAUCUGCAGGGGCCCGCAUGUGCAGAACAAGUGCGGUGUUGAUUCGAUGGUAUCCACAGUCACUGCAAUUCACACCUCUAAGAAGAAAUAGGAUCUUAUUAGUCCUCUUGUCUGUAUAUACCACUACUUGAUAUGUGAUUUUGUGAUAGAACUGUUAUCAGGGAGGGUUAUUCUGUGGUAUUAUGUGAAACUUCCCUUGAUUGCUGUAGUGUGUGUUUGGGUUAUUAUGUAUGCUUAUCACGCCAGAACAGUUUUCCCACAUGGAUGUUGCUACUUGUUAUCAUUUGUAAUGUUUGUAAUCCGGUCAAUCUUUGUACAUGUCACUCAAUUAUUUGGAUCUUUUGGUACUCACU